AUGCCUGCGGUGAUGCCCCCAACCCCCCCCGCUCCUUGCGCCUGCUCUCCGCGUCCUCCCCGCCCGCGCCCCCCGCGCCCACGCCCUCCGCCUGCGCCAGGGGCUCCUACUCCUCCGGGUGCUCCUGCGGGAACGGGCGCGCCCCUUCCACCUGGCGGCGCGCCCCUUCCCCCGCGACCUCCUGCUCCCGCGGGAGCAGGCGCGCCUCUGCCCCCCGCGGGCGGCUGCGACGGUGCUGCUGACGCCGGUGGUGCUGCGCUGCACGCAGGGAAGCGAGAUGGAAGGGGGAAAGAGACCGGCGGGACCCACAAUGACCGCUUUGCCUACCUCACGACCCUCGCCCAUGCUUUCUCCGCCCACCGCCCUCGCCCCGCCCGUCGCCCUCGCCGCCUCGCCGCCCGUCGACCUCGGUUCCCUCGCCCAUCGCUCUCGCUUCCCCCGCCCGUCGCUCUCGCUUUCCCCGCCUACACCCUCGCCUCGCCUGUCGGCCUCGCCGCUUCCCCGCCCGUCGCCCUCGCUUCCGCCCGUCGCCCUCCCUUCCGCCCGUCACCCUCCCUUCCGCCCGUCGCCCUCCCUUCCGCCCGCCGCCCUUCCUUCCCCUCGUCGCGCUCCCUUCCGCCCGUCGCCCUCCCUUCGUCUCGUAGCCCUCCCUUCCUCCCGUUGCCUUCCCUUCCGCCCGCCGCCCUUCCUUUCCCUCGUCGCGUUCCUUUCCGCCCGUUGCCCCCCUUCGUCUCGUCGCCCUCCUUCCCGCUCGUCCCCUCGCAAUCUCCGUCUCUCUCUUCUCCCGUCGCCCUCGCUUUCCCCGUCGCCCUCCCAUCCACUCCUCGUUGUCCUCGCCAUCCCUCCCUUUUCCCUUCUCAUCUCGCACACUUGUCACGGCCCCUUUCCAACCCGCACAUGCACCCCUUCCGUGCUUCCCCCAUCCCCUUCCGUGCUUCCCCCAUCCCCUUCCGUGCUUCCCCCAUCCCCUUCCCGUGCUUCCCCCAUCCCCUUCCGUGCUUCCCCCAUCCCCUUCCGUGGCUUCCCGCAUCCCCUUCCGUGCUUCCCCCAUCCCCUUCCGUGCUUCCCCCAUCCCCUUCCGUGCUUCCCCCCAUCCCCUUCCGUGCUUCCCCCAUCCCCUUCCGUGCUUCCCCCCAUCCCCUUCCGUGCUUCCCCCAUCCCCUUCCUGCUUCCCCCAUCCCCUUCCGUGCUUCCCCCAUCCCCUUCCGGUGCUUCCCCCAUCCCCUUCCCGUGCUUCCCCCAUCCCCUUCCGUGCUUCCCCAUCCCCUUCCGUGCUUCCCCAUCCCCUUCCGUGCUUCCCCCUCCCAUUCCGUGCUUCCCCCAUCCCCUUCCGUGCUUCCCCCAUCCCCUUCCGUGCUUCCCCCAUCCCCUUCCGUGCUUCCCCAUCCCCUUCCGUGCAUCCCCUUCCGUGCUUCCCCAUCCCCUUCCCGUGCUUCCCCCAUCCCCUUCCGUGCUUCCCCCAUCCCCUUCCGUGCUUCCCCCAUCCCCUUCCGUGCUUCCCCCAUCCCCUUCCGUGCUUCCCCCAUCCCCUUCCGUGCUUCCCCCAUCCCCUUCCGUGCUUCCCCCAUCCCCUUCCGUGCUUCCCUCCCGUUGCUUCCCAUCCCUUCCGUGCUUCCCCCAUCCCCUUCCGUGCUUCCCCCAUCCCCUUCCGUGCUUCCCCCAUCCCCUUCCGUGCUUCCCCCAUCCCCUUCCGUGCUUCCCCCAUCCCCUUCCGUGCUUCCCCCAUCCCCUUCCGUGCUUCCCCCAUCCCCUUCCGUGCUUCCCCCAUCCCCUUCCGUGCUUCCCCCAUCCCCUUCCGUGCUUCCCCAUCCCUUCCGUGCUUCCCCCAUCCCCUUCCCGUGCUUCCCCCAUCCCUUCCGUGCUUCCCCAUCCCCCCCUUCCGUGCUUCCCCCCAUCCCUUCCGUGCUUCCCCCAUCCCUUCCGUGCUUCCCCCAUCCCCUUUCCGUGCUUCCCCCAUCCCCUUCCGUGCUUCCUUCCACCAUCCCCUUCCGUGCUUCCCCCAUCCCCUUCGUGCUUCUCCCCCAUCCCCUUCCGUGCUUCCCCCAUCCCCUUCGUGCUUCCCCAUCCCCUUCCGUGCUUCCCCCCAUCCCCUUCCGUGCUUCCCCCAUCCCCUUCCGUGCUUCCCCCAUCCCCUUCCGUGUGCUUCCCCCAUCCCCUUCCGUGCUUCCCCCAUCCCCUUCGUGCUUCCCCAUCCCUUCCGUGCUUCCCCAUCCCCUUCCGUGCUUCCCCCAUCCCCUUCCGUGCUUCCUCCCCCCCCAUUGUCCCCCUUCCGUGCUUCCCCAUCCCCUUCCGUGCUUCCCCCAAUCCCCCUUCCGUGCUUCCCCCAUCCCCUUCCGUGCUUCCCCCAUCCCCUUCCGUGCUUCCCCCAUCCCCUUCCGUGCUUCCCCAUCCCUUCCGUGCUGUCCCCAUCCCUUCCGUGCUUCCCCCAUCCCCUUCCGUGCUUCCCCCAUCCCUUCCGUGCUUCCCCCAUCCCCUUCCGUGCUUCCCCCAUCCCCUUCCGUGCUUCCCCCAUCCCCUUCCGUGCUUCCCCCAUCCCCUUCCGUGCUUCCCCCAUCCCCUUCCGUGCUUCCCCCCUCCCCUUCCGUGCUUCCCCCCUCCCCUUCCGUGCUUCCCCAUCCCCUUCCGUGCUUCCCCCAUCCCCUUCCGUGCUUCCCCCAUCCCCUUCCGUGCUUCCCCAUCCCCUUCCGUGCUUCCCCCCCUUCCGUGCGCCCCCCAUCCCCUUCCGUGCUUCCCCCAUCCCCUUCCCGUGCUUCCCCAUCCCCUUCCGUGCUUCCCCCCAUCCCCUUCCGUGCUUCCCCCAUCCCCUUCCUGCCUUCCCCCAUCCCCUUCCGUGCUUCCCCCAUCCCCUUCCGUGCUCCCCCAUCCCUUCCGUGCUUCCCCCAUCCCCUUCCGUGCUUCCCCCAUCCCCUUCCGUGCUUCCCCCAUCCCCUCCGUGCUUCCCCCAUCCCUUCCGUGCUUCCCCCAUCCCUUCCGUGCUCCCCCAUCCCCUUCCGUGCUUCCCCCAUCCCCUUCCGUGCUCCCCCAUCCCCUUUACCGUGCUUCCCCAUCCCCUUCCGUGCUUCCCCCAUCCCCUUCCGUGCUUCCCCCAUCCCCUUCCGUGCUUCCCCCAUCCCCUUCCGUGCUUCCCCCAUCCCCUUCCGUGCUUCCCCCAUCCCCUUCCGUGCUUCCCCCAUCCCUUCCGUGCUUCCCCCAUCCCCUUCCGUGCUUCCCCCAUCCCCUUCCGUGCUUCCCCCAUCCCCUUCCGUGCUUCCCCCAUCCCCUUCCGUGCUUCCCCCAUCCCCUUCCGUGCUUCCCCAUCCCCUUCCGUGCUUCCCCCAUCCCCUUCCGUGCUUCCCCCAUCCCCUUCCGUGCUUCCCCCAUCCCCUUCCGUGCUUCCCCAUCCCCUUCCGUGCUUCCCCCAUCCCCUUCCGUGCUUCCCCAUCCCCUUCCGUGCUUCCCCCAUCCCCUUCCGUGCUUCCCCCAUCCCCUUCCGUGCUUCCCCAUCCCCUUCCGUGCUUCCCCCAUCCCCUUCCGUGCUUCCCCCAUCCCCUUCCGUGCUUCCCCCAUCCCCUUCCGUGCUUCCCCCAUCCCCUUCCGUGCUUCCCCCAUCCCUUCCGUGCUUCCCCCAUCCCCUUCCGUGCUUCCCCAUCCCCUUCCGUGCUCCCCCAUCCCCUUCCGUGCUUCCCCCAUCCCCUUCCGUGCUUCCCCCAUCCCCUUCCCGUGCUUCCCCCAUCCCCUUCCGUGCUUCCCCCAUCCCCUUCCGUGCUUCCCCCAUCCCCUUCCGUGCUUCCCCAUCCCUUCCGUGCUUCCCCAUCCCAUCGCCCAUCCCUUCCGUGCUUCCCCCAUCCCCUUCCGUGCUUCCCCCUCCCCUUCCGUGCUUCCCCCAUCCCCUUCCGUGCUUCCCCCUCCCCUUCCGUGCUUCCCCCAUCCCUUCCGUGCUUCCCCCAUCCCCUUCCGUGCUUCCCCCAUCCCCUUCCGUGCUUCCCCCAUCCCCUUCCGUGCUUCCCCCAUCCCCUUCCGUGCUUCCCCCAUCCCCUUCCGUGCUUCCCCCAUCCCCUUCCGUGCUUCCCCAUCCCCUUCCGUGCUUCCCCCAUCCCCUUCCGUGCUUCCCCCAUCCCUUCCGUGCUUCCCCCAUCCCCUUCCGUGCUUCCCCCAUCCCCUUCCGUGCUUCCCCCAUCCCCUUCCGUGCUUCCCCCAUCCCCUUCCGUGCUUCCCCCAUCCCCUUCCGUGCUUCCCCCAUCCCCUUCCGUGCUUCCCCCAUCCCCUUCCGUGCUUCCCCAUCCCCUUCCGUGCUUCCCCCAUCCCCUUCCGUGCUUCCCCCAUCCCUUCCGUGCUUCCCCCAUCCCCUUCCGUGCUUCCCCCAUCCCUUCCGUGCUUCCCCCAUCCCCUUCCGUGCUUCCCCAUCCCCUUCCGUGCUUCCCCCAUCCCCUUCCGUGCUUCCCCCAUCCCCUUCCGUGCUUCCCCCAUCCCCUUCCGUGCUUCCCCAUCCCUUCCGUGCUUCCCCCAUCCCCUUCCGUGCUUCCCCCAUCCCCUUCCGUGCUUCCCCCAUCCCCUUCCGUGCUUCCCCCAUCCCCUUCCGUGCUUCCCCCAUCCCCUUCCGUGCUUCCCCCAUCCCCUUCCGUGCUUCCCCCAUCCCCUUCCGUGCUUCCCCCAUCCCCUUCCGUGCUUCCCCCAUCCACCUUCCGUGCUUCCCCCAUCCCCUUCCGUGCUUCCCCCAUCCCCUUCCGUGCUUCCCCCAUCCCCUUCCGUGCUUCCCCCAUCCGCCACUCCCUUCCGUGCUUCCCCCAUCCCCUUCCGUGCUUCCCCCAUCCCCUUCCGUGCUUCCCCCAUCCCUUCCGUGCUUCCCCCAUCCCCUUCCGUGCUUCCCCAUCCCCUUCCGUGCUUCCCCCAUCCCCUUCCGUGCUUCCCCCAUCCCCUUCCGUGCUUCCCCCAUCCCCUUCCGUGCUUCCCCCAUCCCCUUCCGUGGCUUCCCCCAUCCCCCUUCCGUGCUUCCCCCAUCCCCUUCCGUGCUUCCCCCAUCCCCUUCCGUGCUUCCCCCAUCCCCUUCCGUGCUUCCCCAUCCCCUUCCGUUGCUUCCCCCAUCCCUUCCGUGCUUCCCCCAUCCCCUUACCGUGCUUCCCCAUCCCCUUCCGUGCUUCCCCCAUCCCCUUCCCGUGCUUCCCCCAUCCCCUUCCGUGCUUCCCCCAUCCCUUCCGUGCUUCCCCCAUCCCCUUCCGUGCUUCCCCCAUCCCCUUCCGUGCUUCCCCAUCCCCUUCCGUGCUUCCUCCCAUCCCCCUUCCGUGCUUCCCCAUCCCCUUCCGUGCUUCCCCCAUCCCCUUCCGUGCUUCCCCAUCCCCUUCCGUGCUUCCCCCAUCCCCUUCCGUGCUUCCCCCAUCCCCUUUCCGUGCUUCCCCCAUCCCCUUCCGUGCUUCCCCAUCCCCUCCGUGCUUCCCCCAUCCCCUUCCGUGCUUCCCCCAUCCCCUUCCGUGCUUCCCCCAUCCCCUUCCGUGCUUCCCCCAUCCCCUUCCGUGCUUCCCCCAUCCCCUUCCGUGCUUCCCCCAUCCCCUUCCUGCUUCCCCAUCCCCUUCCGUGCUUCCCCAUCCCCUUCCGUGCUUCCCCCAUCCCCCUUCCGUGCUUCCCCCAUCCCCUUCCGUGCUUCCCCCAUCCCCUUCCGUGCUUCCCCCAUCCCCUUCCGUGCUUCCCCCAUCCCCUUCCGUGCUUCCCCCAUCCCCUUCCGUGCUUCCCCCAUCCCCUUCCGUGCUUCCCCCAUCCCCUUCCGUGCUUCCCCCAUCCCCUUCCGUGCUUCCCCCAUCCCCUUCCGUGCUUCCCCAUCCCCUUCCGUGCUUCCCCCCCAUCCCCUUUUCCGUGCUUCCCCAUAUCCAUUUAUUGGUUUUAUUUUAUUUUCCUCUUUGUUCCCCCCAGGGAGAACCCCUUUCCGUGCUUCCCCCAUCCCCUUCCGUGCUUCCCCCAUCCCCUUCCGUGCUUCCCCAUCCCCUUCCGUGCUUCCCCCAUCCCCUUCCGUGCUUCCCCCAUCCCCUUCCGUGCUUCCCCCAUCCCCUUCCGUGCUUCCCCCAUCCCUUCCGUGCUUCCCCCAUCCCCUUCCGUGCUUCCCCCCCUCCCCUUCCGUGCUUCCCCCAUCCCCUUCCGUGCUUCCCCUCCCCUUCCGUGCUUCCCCAUCCCCUUCCGUGCUUCCCCCAUCCCCUCCGUGCUUCCCCCAUCCCCUUCCGUGCUUCCCCCAUCCCCUUCCCGUGCUUCCCCCAUCCCCUUCCGUGCUUCCCCAUCCCCUUCCGUGCUUCCCCCAUCCCCUUCCGUGCUUCCCCCAUCCCCUUCCGUGCUUCCCCCAUCCCCUUCCGUGCUUCCCCCAUCCCCUUCGCGUGCUUCCCCAUCCCCUUCCGUUCUUCCCCAUCCCCUUCCGUGCUUCCCCAUCCCCUUCCGUGCUUCCCCCAUCCCUUCCGUGCUUCCCCCAUCCCCUUCCGUGCUUCCCCCAUCCCUUCCGUGCUUCCCCAUCCCCUUCCGUGCUUCCCCCAUCCCCUUCCGUGCUUCCCCCAUCCCUUCCGUGCUUCCCCCAUCCCCUUCCGUGCUUCCCUCCCCAUCCCCGUUCCGUGCUUCCCCAUCCCCUUCCGUGCUUCCCCAUCCCCUUCCGUGCUUCCCCCAUCCCCUUCCGUGCUUCCCCCCAUCCCCUUCCGUGCUUCCCCAUCCCCUUCCGUGCUUCCCCCAUCCCCUUCCGUGGCUUCCCCCCAUCCCCUUCCGUGCUUCCCCCAUCCCCCUUCCCCGUGCUUCCACCCUCCCUUCCUUCCCCACCCCUUCCGUGAUUCCCCCAUCCCCUUCCGUGCUUCCCCUCCAUCCCUUCCGUGCUUCCCCCAUCCCCUUCCGUGCUUCCCCCAUCCCCUUCCGUGCUUCCCCCAUCCCCUUCCGUGCUUCCCCCAUCCCUUCCGUGCUUCCCCCAUCCCCUUCCGUGCUUCCCCAUCCCUUCCGUGCUUCCCCCAUCCCUUCCGUGCUUCCCCCAUCCCCUUCCGUGCUUCCCCCAUCCCCUUCCGUGCUUCCCCCAUCCCCUUCCGUGCUUCCCCCAUCCCUUCCGUGCUUCCCCAUCCCCUUCCGUGCUUCCCCCAUCCCCUUCCGUGCUUCCCCAUCCCCUUCCGUGCUUCCCCCAUCCCCUUCCGUGCUUCCCCCAUCCCUUCCUGCUUCCCCCAUCCCCUUCCGUGCUUCCCCAUCCCCUUCCGUGCUUCCCCCCAUCCCCUUCCGUGCUUCCCCCAUCCCCUUCCGUGCUUCCCCCAUCCCCUUCCGUGCUUCCCCCAUCCCCUUCCGUGCUUCCCCAUCCCCUUCCGUGCUUCCCCCAUCCCCUGCCGUGCUUCCCCCAUCCCUUCCGUGCUUCCCCCAUCCCCUUCCCGUGCUUCCCCCAUCCCCUUCCGUGCUUCCCCCAUCCCCCUUCCGUGCUUCCCCCAUCCCCUUCCGUGCUUCCCCCAUCCCCUUCCGUGCUUCCCAUCCCCUUCGCUUGCUUCCCCCUCCCCUUCCGUGCUUCCCCCAUCCCCUUCCGUGCUUCCCAUCCCUUACCGUGCUUCCCCAUACCCCUUCCGUGCUUCCCCCAUCCCCUUCCGUGCUUCCCCCAUCCCCCUUCCGUGCUUCCCCCAUCCCCUUCCGUGCGUCCCCAUCCCCUUCCGGUGCUUCCCCCAUCCCCUUCCGUGCUUCCCCCAUCCCUUCCGGGCUUCCCCCAUCCCCUUCCUGCUUCCCCCAUCCCCUUCCGUGCUUCCCCCAUCCCCUUCCGUGCUUCCCCCAUCCCUUUCCGUGCUUCCCCCAUCCCCUUCCGUGCUUCCCCCAUCCCCUGCGUUGCUUCCCGCCAUCCCCUUCCGUGCUUCCCCCAUCCCCUUCCGUGCUUCCCCCAUCCCUUACCGUGCGUCCCCAUCCCCUUCCGUGCUUCCCCUCCAUCCCCUUCCCGUGCUUCCCCCAUCCCCUUCCGUGCUUCCCCCAUCCCCUUCCGUGCUUCCCCAUCCCCUUCCGUGCUUCCCCCAUCCCCUUCCGUGCUUCCCCCAUCCCCUUCCGUGCUUCCCCAUCCCCUUCCGUGCUUCCCCCAUCCCCUUCCGUGCUUCCCCAUUCCCCUUCCGUGCUUCCCCCAUCCCCUUCCGUGCUUCCCCCAUCCCCUUCCGUGCUUCCCCAUCGCCCUUCCGUGCUUACCCCCAUCCCCUUCCGUGCUUCCCCCAUGCCCCUUCCGUGCUUCCCCCAUCCCUUCGUGCUUCCCCAUCCCCUUCCGUAGCUUCCCCAUCCCCUUCCGUGCUUCCCCCAUCCCUUCCGUGCUUCCCCCAUCCCCUUCCGUGCUUCCCCAUCCCCUUCCGUGCUUACCCAUCCCCCCUUCCGUGCUUCCCCCAUCCCUUCCGUGCUUCCCCCAUCCCCUUCCGUGCUUCCCCCAUCCCUUCCGUGCUUCCCCCAUCCCCUUCCGUGCUUCCCCCAUCCCCUUCCGUGCUUCCCCCAUCCCCUUCCGUGCUUCCCCCAUCCCCUUCCGUGCUUCCCCACUCCCCUUCCGUGCUUCCCCAUGCCCCUUCCGUGCUUCCCCCAUCCCCUUCCGUGCUUCCCCCUCCCCUUCCGUGCUUCCCCAUACCCCUUCCGUGCUUCCCCCAUCCCUUCCGUGCUUCCCAUCCCCCCUUCGCCCCUUCCGUGCUUCCCCCCAUCUCCCUUCCGUGCUUCCCCCAUCCCCUGCCGUGCUUCCCCACAUCCCCUUCCGGUGCUUCCCCCAUCCCCUUCAGUGCUUCCCCCAUCCCCUUCCGUGCUUCCCCCCAUCCCCGUCCGUGCUUCGCCCAUCCCCUUCCCGUGCUUCCCCCAUCCCCUUACCGUGCUUCCCCCAUCCCCUUUCCGUGCUUCCCAUCCCAUUCCCACCUUCCGUGCCUUCCCCCAUCCCCUUCCGUGCUUCCCCCAUCCCCUUCCGUGCUUCCCCAUCCCUAUCGUGCUUUCCCCCAUCCUUCCGUGCUUCCCCCAUCCCCUUCCCGUGCUUCCCGCAUCCCCCUUACCGUGCUUCCCCCAUCCCCUUCCGUGCUUCCCCCAUCCCCUUCCGUGCUUCCCCAUCCCUUCCGUGCUUCCCCCAUCCCCUUCCGUGCUUCCCCCAUCCCCUUCCGUGCUUCCCCCAUCCCCUUCCGUGCUUCCCCCAUCCCCUUCCGUGCUUCCCCCAUCCCCUUCCGUGCUUCCCCAUCCCCUUCCCUUGCUUCCCCCUCCCCUUCCGUGCUUCCCCCAUCCCCUUCCGUGCUUCCCCCAUCCCCUUCCGUGCUUCCCCCAUCCCCUUCCGUGCUUCCCCCAUCCCCUUCCGUGCUUCCCUCCCCCAUCCCCUUCCGUGCUUCCCCCAUCCCCUUCCGUGCUUCCCCCAUCCCCUUCCGUGCUUCCCAUCCUUCCCCCCAUCCCCUUCCGUGCUUCCCCCAUCCCCUUCCGUGCUUCCCCCAUCCCCUUCCGUGCUUCCCAACCCCCUUCCGUGCUUCCCCCAUCCCUUCCGUGCUUCCCCCAUCCCCUUCCGUGCUUCCCCAUCCCUUCCGUGCUUCCCCCAUCCCCUUCCGUGCUUUCCCCAUCCCCUUUCCGUGCUUCCCCCAUCCCCUUCCGUGCUUCCCCCAUCCCCUUCCGUGCUUCCCCCCCUCCCCUUCCGUGCUUCCCCCAUCCCCUUCCGUGCUUCCCCCAUCCCCUUCCGUGCUUCCCCCAUCCCCUUCCGUGCUUCCCCCAUCCCCUUCCGUGCUUCCCCCAUCCCCUUCCGUGCUUCCCCCAUCCCCUUCGUGCUCCCCCAUCCCCUUCCGUGCUUCCCCCAUCCCCUUCCGUGCUUCCCCCACCCCUUCCGUGCUUCCCCCAUCCCCUUCCGUGCUUCCCCCAUCCCCUUCCGUGCUUCCCCCAUCCCCUUCCGUGCUUCCCCCAUCCCCUUCCGUGCUUCCCCAUCCCCUUCCGUGCUUCCCCCAUCCCUUCCGUGCUUCCCCCAUCCCCUUCCGUGCUUCCCCCAUCCCCUUCCGUGCUUCCCCCAUCCCCUUCCGUGCUUCCCCCAUCCCUUCCGUGCUUCCCCCAUCCCCUUCCGUGCUUCCCCCAUCCCCUUCCGUGCUUCCCCAUCCCCUUCCGUGCUUCCCCCAUCCCUUCCGUGCUUCCCCCAUCCCUUCCGUGCUUCCCCCAUCCCCUUCCGUGCUUCCCCCAUCCCCUUCCGUGCUUCCCCCAUCCCUUCCGUGCUUCCCCCAUCCCCUUCCGUGCUUCCCCCAUCCCCUUCCGUGCUUCCCCCAUCCCCUUCCGUGCUUCCCCCAUCCCCUUCCGUGCUUCCCCCAUCACCUUCCGUGCUUCCCCCAUCCCCUUCCGUGCUUCCCCCAUCCCCUUCCGUGCUUCCCCCAUCCCCUUCCGUGCUUCCCCCAUCCCCUUCCGUGCUUCCCCCCCCCAUCCCCUUCCGUGCUUCCCCCAUCCCCUUCCGUGCUUCCCCCAUCCCCUUCCGUGCUUCCCCCAUCCCCUUCCGUGCUUCCCCAUCCCCUCCGUGCUUCCCCAUCCCUUCCGUGCUUCCCCCAUCCCUUUCCGUGCUUCCCCCCAUCCCCUUCCGUGCUUCCCCCAUCCCUUCCGUGCUUCCCCCAUCCCCUUCCGUGCUUCCCCCAUCCCCUUCCGUGCUUCCCCCAUCCCCUUCCGUGCUUCCCCCAUCCCCUUCCGUGCUUCCCCCAUCCCCUUCCGUGCUUCCCCCAUCCCCUUCCGUGCUUCCCCCAUCCCCUUCCGUGCUUCCCCCAUCCCCUUCCGUGCUUCCCCCAUCCCCUUCCGUGCUUCCCCCAUCCCUUCCGUGCUUCCCCCAUCCCCUUCCGUGCUUCCCCCCAUCCCUUCCGUGCUUCCCCAUCCCCUUCCGUGCUUCCCCCAUCCCCUUCCGUGCUUCCCCCAUCCCCUUCCGUGCUUCCCCCAUCCCCUUCCGUGCUUCCCCCAUCCCCUUCCGUGCUUCCCCAUCCCCUUCCGUGCUUCCCCCAUCCCCUUCC